GGCGCGGCCCUGCUACAUUACGUCACGGCCGCGGCCGCCAUUCUUCUGUCCAGACAGUUGGAGUGGUUUUGCGUGUGCACGGCCUCCAGCUUAGUAGUAGCAUAGACCGGCAAAAUCAUGGCGUCUCUUUCAAUGGCUCCCGUUAAUAUCUUCAAGCACGGUGCUGAUGAGGAGAAGGCAGAGACCGCUCGCAUGUCCUCCUUCAUUGGUGCUAUCGCCAUUGGGGACCUUGUGAAAAGCACUCUGGGACCAAAAGGAAUGGACAAAAUCCUAUUGGGCGGUGGCAGAGAAGGCUCAGUCACAGUGACCAAUGAUGGAGCUACGAUCCUGAAGGCCAUCGGAGUGGACAAUCCUGCAGCCAAAGUGUUGGUCGACAUGUCCAAGGUGCAGGAUGACGAAGUGGGCGAUGGCACCACCUCCGUCACCGUGCUCGCCGCCGAGCUGCUGAGGGAGGCGGAGCUUCUCAUAGCGAGGAAGAUUCACCCCCAGAUCAUCAUCGCUGGCUGGAGGAAGGCCACUCAGGCCGCCCGCGAGGCCCUCAAGGAAGCAGCAGUGGAUCAUGGGGACGACAUGGUCAAGUUCCAGGAGGACCUGCUGAACAUCGCCCGCACCACCCUGUCCUCCAAGCUGCUGACGCACCACAAGGACCACUUCUCCAGGCUGGCCGUGGAGGCCGUGCUGCGGCUCAAGGGGUCAGGGAACCUGGAGGCCAUCCACGUCAUCAAGAAGCUGGGCGGCAGCCUCACCGACUCCUACCUGGAUGAGGGUUUUCUGCUGGACAAGAAGAUCGGUGUCAACCAGCCCAAGAGGCUGGAGAACGUCAACAUUCUCAUCGCCAACACCGGCAUGGACACCGACAAGAUCAAGGUGUUCGGGUCCCGGGUGCGAGUGGACUCCACGGCGAAGGUGGCGGAGAUCGAGCAGGCCGAGAAGGAGAAGAUGAAGGAGAAGGUCGAGCGAAUUCUGAAGCAUGGCAUCAACUGCUUCAUCAACAGGCAGCUGAUCUAUAACUACCCCGAGCAGCUGUUUGCAGCAGCGGGAGUGAUGGCCAUCGAGCACGCAGACUUCGCGGGAGUGGAGCGUCUUGCUCUCGUCACAGGGGGAGAGAUCACCUCCACCUUCGACCACCCCGAGCUGGUCAAGCUGGGCCACUGCAAGCUGAUCGAGGAGGUGAUGAUCGGAGAGGACAUGCUCAUACACUUCUCUGGCGUGGACAUGGGUGAGGCCUGCACCAUCAUCCUGCGCGGCGCCACGCAGCAGAUCCUGGACGAGGCGGAGCGCUCGCUGCACGACGCCCUCUGCGUGCUCGCCCAGACCAUCAAGGAGACGCGCACCGUGUUCGGAGGGGGAUGCUCUGAGAUGCUGAUGGCCAAGGCGGUGACGGAGCUGGCCAAUAGGACGCCGGGGAAAGAGGCCAUGGCCAUGGAGUCCUUCGCCAAAGCGCUGGCCAUGCUGCCCACCAUCAUCGCGGACAACGCCGGCUACGACAGCGCCGACCUGGUGGCCCAGCUGAGGGCUGCGCACGUGGAGAACAAGAUCACCUCCGGCCUGAACAUGAGCCAGGGCACGGUGGGCGACAUGGCGGAGCUGGGCGUCACCGAGAGCUUCCAGGUGAAGAGGCAGAUGCUGCUGAGCGCCGCCGAGGCCGCCGAGAUGAUCCUGCGCGUCGACAACAUCAUCAAGGCCGCGCCCAGAAAACGAGUCCCAGACCACCACCCGUGCUAGUGACUCCAGGAGAAGCUGUGUGGGGGGGACCAGGGGGGUCUGGGGGAGGGGGGCAGUCUGUAUUUAUCACCUCUGAGGCCAGGCCACCACCGAGCCAAGCAGGCAGUCCUUAUUUACUGCCCUUCACUCCGGGGCUGCACUACUGAAUAAAGUUCAAUAAUAAGCACUUCGCUGAUUACACGUACUCAAGUAGCCAUUUGUUACGUGUAAUAACAGGUUUAUGCCCAAUAAAUAAGGGUUUAUAAUCCAAUAAACCUUUAUUAAUGAGCUCAUUUGCUUCUUUCUUAAUGUCGUUAUGUUCCCAUACUAGGCCAGUGCUGGUAAUGACUGAAGGGAAUUUGCAUGAGUCCAGGAAAUCCGUGUCAUCUGAGGUGCAAGUCCUUUUCUUAAUGUUAAGCGAUGCUUGCAAGUCACCCAUUACAAAUGUAAAUGACUGCCUGUAAGUGUUUUUUUUUUUUUUUUGUAAAGCAAAAAUGCAGCCUUAAUGAAGUUAUUAUUGAACGUUAUUCUUGUCAGUGCAUUGUGUGCAAGUGCCCUGGAUGUUUUGUUGUAGGGGUAAAUUACCGACGUUCAAGAAAUAGUGUUGCUGACUUUGUUUACUGAAUUAAAGACUAAUAGUCACAGUC